AUCCUGGAUAAUAUACUCCGUAUUGUGUUUUAAGAUUAGGAAUAGAAGAGCCUAUUCGAAUGCUCCUUGUUGACUUUUGGAACAAGGCUGAUUUGUUGCUCGUCAAUUGUUCUUUGGCCUUUCGUAACUGUACGAGGGCAAGAGGAUCCCAAGGCUGGGAUGAACCCUAACUCGACCCGCAAGGGGGUUCAAACCACCGGGUUCCAAACAUCCGCUGAGAUCGCUCAAAGCCGGGCCUACUCUACAACAUCGUUUGCAGGUACUAAACGAUCCCGGUCUGAAAAUGAGAUUUCAACAGCAUUCACCUCCGCUCGCUCUUUACUACAGGCGGAUACGGGCAACGCGGGGCACCGACGGAUAGGCUCAUACCAUCUCACCAAGCCUAUCCAACCAAAUAAGAGGCGGCUGGUGGCCAGUGACAUACACACGUUACCGGAUGCGGCCUCCCCAGAGGAUGACAUUGCAACAUAUUCUCAGCGUAAAGCGGUUUCUAGCACCCCUGGACCUUCGCAGCAUCCACUGCUUUCUCUUCGGCAUCCCAAAUACGGACUGCCAGAAAGCCUGGUGACUAAUUUUGAAAAAUUGGGAGUAAAUUGCAUAUAUCCUUGGCAAGCGUCGUGCCUUCUUGGGCGCGGGCAUCUAACGGCGGAGAAGAAUCUAGUUUAUAGUGCUCCGACCGGUGGAGGAAAGUCAUUGGUUGCUGAUGUGUUGAUGUUGAAGAGGAUUAUUGAUGAUCCUCACAAGAAAGCUAUUCUUGUGCUUCCGUAUGUGGCCAUCGUUCAGGAGAAAUUGAAGUGGCUUCGCAGGUUGGUGGAAGGGGUGGACAAGCGCAUAGAUGCGCUUGUCCAGGUUGAUGGAUCACAUCCUUCCCGCGCAAAGUUUCUGCAAAGCUCGAUACGUGUCACGGGGUUUUUUGGAGGAAGUAAAUCUAGGGCCACAUGGUCGGAUACGGAUAUCGCAGUUUGCACUAUUGAAAAGGCCAACAUGCUAGUAAAUGCUGCCAUUGAAGAAUGCAAAAUCGACGAACUGGGUGUCGUUGUUUUGGACGAACUUCAUAUGCUUGACGAUGAGCAUCGCGGUUAUUUAAUUGAGAUUAUGAUCUCAAAGCUGAUGCUGCUUCAACAGGAUAUCCAAAUAGUUGGCAUGAGUGCCACCCUGUCGAACACGGAAUUGUUAGCGAAAUGGCUGCAUGCGAAUUACUAUAUCUCUAGAUAUCGUCCGAUUCCAAUUCAGGAAUUCCUUGUUUAUGAUAACCUAGUUUAUCCUGCUGGAAACUCAAAGGAUUUUUUGAGAACGGCAGUGGUAUUGAAUAAAUCCGGUGCGACGAAAACUGAAGCACUUGCAGCAAGAACAAUCGAUAAGUCUGUAUACAAAGAACUGGAGAAUCCAAUCAUCAAUGCCAUGGUAUCCUUGGCCUUGGAGACAGCAAUGUCUGGAUAUGGAGCCUUGGUGUUUUGUGGCAGCCGACAAGCGUGUCACAUGAAUGCGCUCAUCAUAAGCGACGCGAUGCCCGACGACUCCAUGUUGGAUAGCGAUGUUCUAGAAAAACGGAUGGACCUAAUUGCCGGUCUACAGAGCCUUCCAUGUGGUCUGGAUCCUGUCUUCGAAAAGACGGUUAUCAAAGGGGUUGCUUUUCAUCAUGCCGGUUUAACCGCCGAAGAGCGAGACUUGAUUGCUGAAGGCUAUGACAUGGGGAUUCUCAAGGUGCUGGUAGCUACGUGCAGUUUGGCCGCCGGUAUUAAUCUCCCUGCAAGAAGAGUAAUUCUAUGCGGAGCUCGGAUGGGGCGUGAUUUGGUCGGACCUGCUAUGUUGCGGCAGAUGCGUGGACGAGCAGGUCGCAAGGGCAAGGAUGAGAUAGGAGAAACGUUUCUAUGCUGCACAGCAGACGACCUCGAAGCAGUCCUUGAUCUGUUAGACGCCGAAAUGCCGGCUAUUUCUAGCGGUCUAUCUCCGGAGAAGCGAGGCAUUAACAGGGCUCUGCUCGAGGCUGUUGCAACCCGUCUCGUCUCUGGACGAGAAGCGAUCAAUGACUACGUUAAAUGCUCCCUGAUCUACCAGACCAUGGGAGAAAAGGAGCUAUUCUCACUGGUCGAUUCGACAUUGAACGAGUUGGUGGACGCCAACUUGUUGAAUCUGCGGUUCGAUGGCUCGUUCGAACCCACGCAGCUCGGACAAGCCAUCGUAGCAUCUGCCUUCAGCCCUGAGGAUGGUCUAUUCGUCCAUGACGAAUUGAAACGGGCGCUGCAGGCAUUCGUUAUGGAUGGUGAAAUGCAUGUAUUUUAUAUGUUCGCUCCACUCCAAUCGGGAACAGGCGUUGAUAUUGACUGGCCUACAUUUCGCGAUGAGAUGAACAAACUUGACGAUAGCGGGAUACGGGCCCUACAAUUCAUGGGCGUCAACCCAGGUUUGGUGAAUUCUAUGGCCCAGGGUCGCAGUAGCAUUAAGGACACAAUCCUCGCCCGUACGUACCAACGUGCAUACACAGCCUUUCAACUGCGUGACCUCAGCAAUGAAGUCCCCGUCUCCGCAGUUGCGCAUAAAUACUCUACGCCCCGCGGCAACGUACAGAACCUCAGUCAGAUCUGCCAUGGGUUUGCAGCCGGGAUGGUUAAAUUUUGCCAGCGAAUGGGCUGGGAGAUGCUAGCUGUUGUUCUUGACCACAUGCGAGACCGACUUCAGGCAGGCGCGAGAGCAGAUCUGUUGGAACUCGCACAGGUGACGUAUGUGAAAAGCCGAACGGCGAGAUUGCUAUGGGAGAAUGGGUUCAAAACCCUGAGAGCUUUGGCGGAGGCCGACGCGAGGGAUUUAGUACCUGUGCUCAUGAUGGGCCAACCCCGAAAUGGAAAAUCUCACCAAAAUAACGCAAAAGAGGCAGAGCGGUUGAAUGCUAAACUUCUUACCAAAGCUGAGACUAUCAUUGGAUCGGCGAACAAACUCUGGGAGCGCCAAAUGAUUGUUGAAAUUGAUGAAUGAGCCUGCCUCUCAUUCCGGCGCGUAAGUCUAGUCAUUCUUCAUCAACUCCAUUGUCCAACCCAGGACCAUAAACUAGCUAUCGUAUUGGUGGAUCCAUAUGGACGGAUAAGGAAAGUUAUUGUGCUCUUGGUGCCAGCCUAUCAACAGUAAUGUGUAACGAAAACCUCAAGC